GGUUCGGCUCCCCUCCACACGGAAGGUUGGAUGCUCGCCUUGAGCCGCUCGGCCCUCUUCUUCUGCCGCGUCUCCUCGCACUCCUCCUCGUCGCCUUCCCAAAGGCUGAAGAUGGGUUCUUCUUACCCCGCCAGCGCAUUGAAGCCUUCCUCGCCUAAGAUCGUCAAGCUUAAGCCCAUCGAAGUGACUCCGGCGAGGUUCGCGGACUUCGGGCAGGUGAUCUCUGCGUCCUCCGACGGCGAAGAGUACGGUCCCCACGACGCGCAGUUGGAGCUCCACCGCGGUGUCCCAAGGUUUUAUAUCAUGCAUCUAGAAGACAGAGACCUUAAAUUUUCUAAGAUCACUCAUCAUGCAAGUGUUACCCAGUGUCUUGGAUCAGUUGGUGGCGAAGACUGGUAUCUAGGUGUUGCCAAGGCAUCUAUACUGAAUGAAAGUGAAAUUAUCAAUGAGGAUGGACAGAAACCCAUUCAAUCUUGCUGUGGCCACUAUUACACGCCCCCUCAUCCUGAUGAUGUUUGUGUUUUCCGAAUUUCUGGUCCUAAAUUUCUAAAGCUUAAUGUUGGCACAUGGCACGCAGGCCCUUUGUUCAAGAAAAAAACAAUGGACUUCUACAAUCUAGAGCUAAGCAACACAAAUGUGGUGGAUCACACAACACAUGAUUUUCUGAAGCACGAUAAAGUGGCAUUCAUGAUUGAAGAGUAAAAGUUUCAUUCCGUGGGCUACUCCUUUCAAGGUUGAUGAAUUUGUUUAUGGGAUUCUUAUGCUUGCGUUAAUAUGGAAAGUAAACAUCGGUCAAUAUACUGGACAAGCUUGGCCCACAAGCUGUUAAACAUGUCUUUGUUCAAAUGGAAUUGACUCACAGGAGCCUCCGAUGUUUGCACUCGAUGCCGACGACUACAUUUUUCUGUUUGAUACCUCUUUUCUAUGCAAGCUGAACUAUGAUUUCUAAUAAGUGCUCCAUAUUUGCUCA